AUGGUUAGGAUUCUGCGAUCUCGCCGAAUUCCCCGUUUGGUAAGAGGAUCACCAGACUGUACGGAGAUUGUUGUGCAGAGCCUCCGUCGGUUGCCGCGUCGAGCGCCAAUGUCACAUGCACCGCCGCCCCUCAGAACGUCUGUGCGUUCGUCUAUUUGUCUGCUCUCUUCGCGUUCGUCGUUUGCUCUCUUCGCGUUCGUCUAUUUGCUGCCGUCUCUCUUCGCGUUCGUCUAUUUGCUGCCGUCUAUCUCUUCGCGUUCGUCUAUUUGCUGCCGUCUAUCUCUUCGCGUUCGUCUAUUUGCUGCGUCUGUCUCUUCGCGUUCGUCUAUUUGCUGCCGUCUAUCUCUUCGCGUUCGUCUAUUUGCUGCCGUCUAUCUCUUCGCGUUCGUCUAUUUGCUGCCGUCUAUCUCUUCGCGUUCGUCUAUUUGCUGCCGUCUAUCUCUUCGCGUUCGUCUAUUUGCUGCCGUCUAUCUCUUCGCGUUCGUCUAUUUGCUGCCGUCUAUCUCUUCGCGUUCGUCUAUUUGCUGCCGUCUAUCUCUUCGCGUUCGUCUAUUUGCUGCCGUCUAUCUCUUCGCGUUCGUCUAUUUGCUGCCGUCUAUCUCUUCGCGUUCGUCUAUUUGCUGCCGUCUAUCUCUUCGCGUUCGUCUAUUUGCUGCCGUCUAUCUCUUCGCGUUCGUCUAUUUGCUGCCGUCUAUCUCUUCUUCGCGUUCGUCUAUUUGCUGCCGUCUAUCUCUUCGCGUUCGUCUAUUUGCUGCCGUCUAUCUCUUCGCGUUCGUCUAUUUGCUGCCGUCUAUCUCUUCGCGUUCGUCUAUUUGCUGCCGUCUAUCUCUUCGCGUUCGUCUAUUUGCUGCCGUCUAUCUCUUCGCGUUCGUCUAUUUGCUGCCGUCUAUCUCUUCGCGUUCGUCUAUUUGCUGCCGUCUAUCUCUUCGCGUUCGUCUAUUUGCUGCCGUCUAUCUCUUCGCGUUCGUCUAUUUGCUGCCGUCUAUCUCUUCGCGUUCGUCUAUUUGCUGCCGUCUAUCUCUUCGCGUUCGUCUAUUUGCUGCCGUCUAUCUCUUCGCGUUCGUCUAUUUGCUGCCGUCUAUCUCUUCGCGUUCGUCUAUUUGCUGCCGUCUAUCUCUUCGCGUUCGUCUAUUUGCUGCCGUCUAUCUCUUCGCGUUCGUCUAUUUGCUGCCGUCUAUCUCUUCGCGUUCGUCUAUUUGCUGCCGUCUAUCUCUUCGCGUUCGUCUAUUUGCUGCCGUCUAUCUCUUCGCGUUCGUCUAUUUGCUGCCGUCUAUCUCUUCGCGUUCGUCUAUUUGCUGCCGUCUAUCUCUUCGCGUUCGUCUAUUUGCUGCCGUCUAUCUCUUCGCGUUCGUCUAUUUGCUGCCGUCUAUCUCUUCGCGUUCGUCUAUUUGCUGCCGUCUAUCUCUUCGCGUUCGUCUAUUUGCUGCCGUCUAUCUCUUCGCGUUCGUCUAUUUGCUGCCGUCUAUCUCUUCGCGUUCGUCUAUUUGCUGCCGUCUAUCUCUUCGCGUUCGUCUAUUUGCUGCCGUCUAUCUCUUCGCGUUCGUCUAUUUGCUGCCGUCUAUCUCUUCGCGUUCGUCUAUUUGCUGCCGUCUAUCUCUUCGCGUUCGUCUAUUUGCUGCCGUCUAUCUCUUCGCGUUCGUCUAUUUGCCGUCUGCCGUCUAUCUCUUCGCGUUCGUCUAUUUGCUGCCGUCUAUCUCUUCGCGUUCGUCUAUUUGCUGCCGUCUAUCUCUUCGCGUUCGUCUAUUUGCUGCCGUCUAUCUCUUCGCGUUCGUCUAUUUGCUGCCGUCUAUCUCUUCGCGUUCGUCUAUUUGCUGCCGUCUAUCUCUUCGCGUUCGUCUAUUUGCUGCCGUCUAUCUCUUCGCGUUCGUCUAUUUGCUGCCGUCUAUCUCUUCGCGUUCGUCUAUUUGCUGCCGUCUAUCUCUUCGCGUUCGUCUAUUUGCUGCCGUCUAUCUCUUCGCGUUCGUCUAUUUGCUGCCGUCUAUCUCUUCGCGUUCGUCUAUUUGCUGCCGUCUAUCUCUUCGCGUUCGUCUAUUUGCUGCCGUCUAUCUCUUCGCGUUCGUCUAUUUGCUGCCGUCUAUCUCUUCGCGUUCGUCUAUUUGCUGCCGUCUAUCUCUUCGCGUUCGUCUAUUUGCUGCCGUCUAUCUCUUCGCGUUCGUCUAUUUGCUGCCGUCUAUCUUUCGCGUUCGUCUAUUUGCUGCCGUCUAUCUCUUCGCGUUCGUCUAUUUGCUGCCGUCUAUCUCUUCGCGUUCGUCUAUUUGCUGCCGUCUAUCUCUUCGCGUUCGUCUAUUUGCUGCCGUCUAUCUCUUCGCGUUCGUCUAUUUGCUGCCGUCUAUCUCUUCGCGUUCGUCUAUUUGCUGCCGUCUAUCUCUUCGCGUUCGUCUAUUUGCUGCCGUCUAUCUCUUCGCGUUCGUCUAUUUGCUGCCGUCUAUCUCUUCGCGUUCGUCUAUUUUUUUUCGUCUAUCUCUUCGCGUUCGUCUAUUUGCUGCCGUCUAUCUCUUCGCGUUCGUCUAUUUGCUGCCGUCUAUCUCUUCGCGUUCGUCUAUUUGCUGCCGUCUAUCUCUUCGCGUUCGUCUCUUUCGCGUUCGUCUAUUUGCUCUAUCUCUUCGCGUUCGUCUAUUUGCUGCCGUCUAUCUCUUCGCGUUCGUCUAUUUGCUGCCGUCUAUCUCUUCGCGUUCGUCUAUUUGCUGCCGUCUAUUCGUGCCGUCUAUCUCUUCGCGUUCGUCUAUUUGCUGCCGUCUAUCUCUUCGCGUUCGUCUAUUUGCUGCCGUCUAUCUCUUCGCGUUCGUCUAUUUGCUGCCGUCUAUCUCUUCGCGUUCGUCUAUUUGCUGCCGUCUAUCUCUUCGCGUUCGUCUAUUUGCUGCCGUCUAUCUCUUCGCGUUCGUCUAUUUCUUCGCGUUCGUUUGCUGCCGUCUAUCUCUUCGCGUCUAUCUCUUCGCGUUCGUCUAUUUGCUGCCGUCUAUCUCUUCGCGUUCGUCUAUUUGCUUGUCUAUCUCUUCGUCUAUCUCUUCGCGUUCGUCUAUUUGCUGCCGUCUAUCUCUUCGCGUUCGUCUAUUUGCUGCCGUCUAUCUCUUCGCGUUCGUCUAUUUGCUGCCGUCUAUCUCUUCGCGUUCGUCUAUUUGCUGCCGUCUAUCUCUUCGCGUUCGUCUAUUUGCUGCCGUCUAUCUCUUCGUCGUUCGUCUAUUUGCUUCGCGUUCGUCUAUUUGCUGCCGUCUCUAUCUCUUCGUCGUUCGUCUAUUUUCGUCUAUUUGCUGCCGUCUAUCUCUUCGCGUUCGUCUAUUUGCUGCCGUCUAUCUCUUCGCGUUCGUCUAUUUGCUGCCGUCUAUCUCUUCGCGUUCGUCUAUUUGCUGCCGUCUAUCUCUUCGCGUUCGUCUAUUUGCUGCCGUCUAUCUCUUCGCGUUCGUCUAUUUGCUGCCGUCUAUCUCUUCGCGUUCGUCUAUUUGCUGCCGUCUAUCUCUUCGCGUUCGUCUAUUGCUGCCGUCUAUCUCUUCGCGUUCGUCUAUUUGCUGCCGUCUAUCUCUUCGCGUUCGUCUAUUUGCUGCCGUCUAUCUCUUCGCGUUCGUCUAUUUGCUGCCGUCUAUCUCUUCGCGUUCGUCUAUUUGCUGCCGUCUAUCUCUUCGCGUUCGUCUAUUUGCUGCCGUCUAUCUCUUCGCGUUCGUCUAUUUGCUGCCGUCUAUCUCUUCGCGUUCGUCUAUUUGCUGCCGUCUAUCUCUCUCUUCGCGCGUUCGUCUAUUUGCUGCCGUCUAUCUCUUCGCGUUCGUCUAUUUGCUCUUCGCGUUCGUCUAUUUGCUGCCGUCUAUCUCUUCGCGUUCGUCUAUUUGCUGCCGUCUAUCUCUUCGCGUUCGUCUAUUUGCUGCCGUCUAUCUCUUCGCGUUCGUCUAUUUGCUGCCGUCUAUCUCUUCGCGUUCGUCUAUUUGCUGCCGUCUAUCUCUUCGCGUCUCGUUCGUCUAUUUGCUCUAUCUUUCGCGUUCGUCUAUUUGCUGCCGUUUCUCUUCGCGUUCGUCCGUCUCUAUCUCUUCGCGUUCGUCUAUUUGCUGCCGUCUAUUCUUCGCGUUCGUCUAUUUGUCUAUCUCUUCGCGUUCGUCUAUUUGCUGCCGUCUAUCUCUUCGCGUUCGUCUAUCUAUUUUCGCGUUCGUCUAUUUGCUGCCGUCUAUCUCUUCGCGUUCGUCUAUUUGCUGCCGUCUAUCUCUUCGCGUUCGUCUAUUUGCUGCCGUCUAUCUCUUCGCGUUCGUCUAUUUGCGCGUUCGUCUAUUUGCUGCCGUCUAUCUCUUCGUUCGUCUAUUUGCGUCUAUCUCUUCGCGUUCGUCUAUUUGCUGCCGUCUAUCUCUUCGCGUUCGUCUAUUUGCUGCCGUCUAUCUCUUCGCGUUCGUCUAUUUGCUGCCGUCUAUCUCUUCGCGUUCGUCUAUUUGCUGCCGUCUAUCUCUUCGCGUUCGUCUAUUUGCUCUCUUCUUCGCGUUCGUCUAUUUGCUGCCGUCUAUCUCUUCGCGUUCGUCUAUUUGCUGCCGUCUAUCUCUUCGCGUUCGUCUAUUUGCGCCGUCUAUCUUUCGUCUAUUUGCUGCCGUCUAUCUCUUCGCGUUCGUCUAUUUGCUGCCGUCUAUCUCUUCGCGUUCGUCUAUUUGCUGCCGUCUAUCUCUUCGCGUUCGUCUAUUUGGCUGCCGUUCGUCUAUCUCUUCGCGUUCGUCUAUUUGCUGCCGUCUAUCUCUUCGCGUUCGUCUAUUUGCUGCCGUCUAUCUCUUCGCGUUCGUCUAUGAUAUAUAG